AUGCCAUCAGAUUGCAACACCGGAACUCCUAGGUCUCACGAAGAACAUGGAGAUUGCGGUCGCGGUGGUCGCGGUGGUGACCGUGACCGUGGUGGACGCGGUGGCUGGAGACCCAGAAGAUGCCGGUUCUGUGGCCGCGGGGGCCAUUUGAUCGCAAACUGCUACCUAUACCGCGGGAUAGAGAUACUGGGAGCCAGACGCGUUGCGAUCGAAUGGCAACAGAGGCUUCAGCGCCGCCGCUACCGUCACGGUCAGCAGUACAGGCACCAGAACAGCAGCUACCAAGGCCACCAUCACCAAGAUCACCACAACCACCACCAGCAGCAACACCACCAGCACCACCAGCAGGCCCAACAGCAGCAGGCCCAACAGCAAGCGCAGGAGCACUUGGAACUACGAGAAGAGCAGGGACAGCGGGGCCAGCAGCAGAGACAGGAAAGACAGUAG